GGGCAGAGGCACAUCGAGCUGGACACCGGGCAGAGGCACAUCGAGCUGGACACCGGAUCACCAGGCGGAGCGGCAGGCACCGGGCCACCAGGCGGAGCAGCAGGCACCGGGCCACCAGGAGGGGGCAGGACAGGCAGCGGCGGGGGCAGCAGGCACCGGGCCCCCAGGCGGAGCAGCGGGCACCGGGCCCCCAGGCGGAGCGGCGGGCACCGGGUCAUCAGGCACGACAACGGGCAUCGGGUCACCAUCUGGCAAGGCAGUGGGCACCGAGUCACCAGGCACGACAGUGGGUUCCGAGUCAACUGGCAUGACCACGGGCACUGGGUCAGACAUUGGAUCGUCUGGCUCGACAGCGGGCAUCGGGUCACCAGGCAUCAGGUCAUUUGGCUCGACAGCGGGCACCGCGUCAUCUGGCAAGGCAGUGGGCACCGAGUCACCAGG